GGUUUUCCACUAUGUGUUCAGCUCCUCAAUCGGUCACAGAAGUCUACCAAGUAACUGUCAGUGAUCCAAAGCCACAUCCCCUGAAAAAGUUUAUGAUGUACAAAGUGCGAAUAGAGAAGUGCCCUGUCGCGGUCGAUCAGGAUAGCAAUGUGAUGGAGUUUUACAAACGUUUCAGUGACUUCAAAAAAUUGGAACGUUCUUUGGGCACUUACCACAAGCAGCUUUAUCGGGCGGAAAAGUUCCCUCCUCUUCCAUCAGGAUUUUUCAAUCAAUCAGAGCCUGGAAUAAUUGAAAAACGUCGGAAAGCUGCUGAAGAGAUGCUACAAUUUAUAUACGAACGUCAGUACUUAUACAAGCACACAACUUUUAUCGAAUUUUGCUCAUCUUCCUGUGAUACCAAUGCGGAAUGAUGAUAUAUAAGCCAUCGUGACUUUCAGCUCAUACUUUCGAUCGUAACACUUAUUUUUUUACCUGGCAACUAUGUUCUGAAGGUUUUUAUUCUUUUUAAUAGUUUCAUAAUCUGUGAUCUCUAGGUGGACAACUGUGAGAUAUUUUUACUCUUUCUGUGAGGGUUUUGUAUUUUUUGUUUUGACCUAACCAGAUGACAUUGUUGCUUCUAAUGACUAUAUUUGACUGAAGCGAUAGCUGCGUUGUCAGUUCUUGUUAAUAAAGUGAUAAUACGAUGUUUUGCUGGUCUAUUA